AGGGGAAGGCGUGCGGAUGCGUGUGUGUUCGAGGCGCGCAUCAUUCACACAUCAGAUACCGCAGAUCCAUCAGCCGGCAGGCAGCCAGCCGAGAAAGCCCCCCGGAGCCAGGCUGCAGGCGAGACCGCUGCUCCUUGCAAGGUAACGGAGGAGCGUCCGGCCCCUCCGAGCCCCGAUGCUCUGCAGAGCGCCGCUGCAGGGAGCCCGUCGCUUCUAAGGAGGUCACCAGCAGUAGGCCUACACGCCUGGGCAUCCUUUCUCCUGCUGCCCACCCACCUGAUACCAAAACGGAGGAGCCCACCGACCCUGCCAUGUCAUCGGACCCCAGUGCCCCGCCGGCAGUGCCACCCCUGCACUCCCCCAAGUCGCCGGUGUGGCCCACUUUCCCCUUCCAGCGGGAAGGCAGCCGCAUUUGGGAGCGGGGCAACCUCCUGCUACGGGACCUGCCCAGCCCCCUCCCCACCAAGAGGACCAGGACCUAUUCAGCGACAGCACGUGCCUCUGCUGGCCCCAUCUUCAAGGGUGUCUGCAAGCAGUUCUCUCGCUCCCAGGGCCACGGGUUUAUCACCCCAGAGAAUGGCACUGAGGACAUUUUUGUGCAUGUGUCUGACAUCGAGGGAGAGUACGUCCCAGUGGAGGGGGACGAGGUGACAUACAAGGUCUGCCCCAUCCCUCCCAAGAACCAGAAGUUCCAGGCAGUGGAGGUGGUCCUCACCAACCUGGCACCCCACACGAAGCAUGAGACAUGGUCUGGCCAGAUCAUCGGCUCCUAGGCGUCCAUGGGGGCCGCCAGCCACUCAGCCCCAUGGAGCAAGCCUGCCCAGCCACUCGCAAGGGGUGUGGGGGGAGCUGAGGUGGUGGCGGGGCCGGGGCUGCUCCCAAACAUGCAGGUGUUUGCAUUCAGUGUCUUUUAUAAGGUUACAGUUUCCUUUCUCUGUGUUUGUUUGUAAGUGUCUGUUGAGGGGGGCAGGGGAAGCAGAGCCCUCCGUGUCCCCCAGCUCCAAGGGCAGCACUGAGCCCCAUGUUCCAUUCCUUGCCUGAGGAACCUGAGGCCAUGGGGAACAGAGGAACCAGUCCUAUGCCACAGCCCUCCAUUUCUACUGGGCUGAAGCAGGUGUUGAGAGCAGGAGGGGGUGGGGAGAGGCUGAGUGGCUUGACUGAUCCUCAUGAACUACACUCUGGCAAGAUGGACACCCCAUUCAGUCCACAGUGGGACAGCAGCAGUAGGACAUGCCCUGGUGCAGGGACAAAACAGGGUGGUGUGGAGUGACAUAUCACUGUGCGGAGUCUCGGUGGCUGAGACCUAUCCCCAUUGCUGGCAGCUCACAGAGCACACCUGAGCCACAUCCCUCCAUCACAAGAUCUCAGGUCAGCCAUGCCACAGGAAGGUAACUGGUUUACAGAAAGCAAAAAUUUAGUUGAGAGGCAGACAGCUGUUGGCAGGGCACCCAGGGUCAGAGUGCUCAGUGCUGUGCCUGGGGAACUGCAUCUGGACAUGGGGCAGGGGGCACUUGGCACCUCUGUGCUCCCCACUGCUGCUGGGAAGUAACACACUUUUCUUGGCUCAGUGCUGACAUGGUUUUGGGGAGACAGACACUUUCUCCUCCUUCUCUUGCCCUCCAGCCCCCUGGGAACCCCUUCCCACGUCUGUGUGUGUGUGUAUGUGUGUGUGUGUGUGUGUGUGUGUGUGUGUGUGUGUGUGUGUGUGUGUCUGUAGCUUGCUGGGAUGGUGAGGGUCUGAGGGGUCAGAGCAGCCUUGGCCAUGGGGCGAGCACAGCCACCUCCUCACUCACCCCUCAGUGUAGGCAGGGUCUUGUAUACAAAGCACAAACUUUGUUUUUGGUCUUUUCUGCCAAGCCGUGGCCAGGUGGGCUCCCACAACCCCAGGGAGCAAUGGGGCAGAGAGCACUGGGACAGGGACAACACACACUGGGCUGGUCCUGAGCUCACCCCAGGGAAACAGUGCUGACACUCCAGGAAUUACCAGCAUCUUAAGGAAUUCAAAGCACUGUUUGGGACAGUGGGGUGCCAGCAGAUCCCCGCCAAGCAGGGCGGGAGAUGAUAGGGAGCUCCCAGAGCACCAUGCCAGCAGGAGCUGCUGGCACUGCUCCUGCUCAGCAUGGAUGGGGUGGGGUAUUUCCCACCACUUUUGAUGCCACUGUUGCCGACAGGGCUAAGUGGGGAGAGGAGCAGAGGAAGGUCGGUGCCAUGCAGGACAGCUGGGCCCUGUGGAUUCAGGAGGACCACCCAUGCUGGUGUGCGGAUUGCCCCAGGACCCUCCAGCCCCGCUCACUGCCAACCUGAAGCCUGGCUCUUCCAGGGGCUGUGGCAACUGUGGCUCAGACUCCAGGCACCCUCAGGACGUGCAGUCAGCUUGGCCAAGGCAAACUGUUGAUUUUUUUUUUUUUUUUUUUUUAAAGUAAACUAAAACCGUAGACUUGUUGGUGUUUUUACAACUCUGGUGUGGUUCCCAACUGUCUGACCAUGUACCAACCUUUGUAACAUUGGCAAUAAACCAUUAAAAGUGACUUUCCCAUGGGCCCUGCCCAUCCUG